GCGCUCUGCGCUUUUACGCAUGACUGUGGAGUCAGUGCGUCGGAGAGCGGAGCGCCAUGCAGACCUCCAGUGUGUGAGUGUCCUCUUAGAGCUGCUACAAAAUGAUCCUGCUGCUCGGUCUGCUUUGUGUCCUCUGGGGAGAACAGGGUCUCUGCCUGCAGCACCAUGGAGGCUUCCUUAUUGAUGAAGACAUCCGUCAGUUCGCGGUGGCCACCAGCGGGGUUUAUGUGGCCACAGACACGAAGCUGUACCAGAUGAGCCACGACCUGAUUCUGAUCCGCAGUCUGACCCUGGGAGGAAUCUUGAAGAGCGCGGACGACCCGAAUGAUGAGCGGUUUUACCGGGAUUCUGAGACGGCCGAUUGGAACGCAACUUUCAGCGUCAGCACGCUGCUGCCGUUCGUGAAGAACAACUCUGUGUUCAUCUGUGGGAUGACCGACAACCAGUGCGGCUACUGCGAGGUUCUGGAUCUGCACAACAUCUCCAAGCUACUGUACCGGGAACACAUCCAGGUGGGACCUCUGAGGCGCAGCAGCGGCUCCGUCAGCUUUCUGGUGGAUCUGAAGAAGAAUCCAACUCGGAGCGAAACUUACAUCCUGACUGCGAUCCAACAACCUGAGAGACGCAGGUGUAUCUCCGAUUCCCAAACUAUCAACCUUCAAGAUGCAGAUCACGAUCAGAACGGAGGAAUAUUUUCUUAUACAGACAGCUCGGGCACAGCUGUGAUCAGAAGUACAGGCGACGUGGAGUUUGUGGACGGAUUUCAGAUAAGCUCAGUCAUAUUUCUGUUCUCCAACGUGCUGCCAGAAGGUAACAGCAACAGAGUCCGUCUCCUUUGGCUUGAUGGCAUAAAGAAGUCUGACACUCUGAAGUCAGUGAAGGGUGUCAUUCUGAGUGUGUCUGAUGGUGGAGGCAGCAGGCUGCUGGCCUCCUCUGUCAUCCCGGGGCCGCAACCGGUGCUGUGGAGCGGAGUGUUCAGUGUGGACGAAGGAGAAAGCAACACCGAGCUGGUGGUGUUUGACAUCAGCCCUGAUAUGAGCGGACAGACCGAUAAAGAUCCAGACUUCCACACCUCUAAAGACAAGCCAGAAGGGACGGUGACGCCAAAGACCCUGAGACCGAAGGUGGUGCUCUUCAGGCGGAACAACAUGACCUCUGUCCUGGCAGUGAGACAGAAAGCCUGGAUGGUUUUCUUUAUUGGGACGGCAGAUGGACUGCUCAUCAAGCUUGCUGUGGACAGGAACUUUCACCCCGCCUGUCCCACGUUGCUCUACAGCGUGGAUGACGACCGGAAAGUGUUUCCCAGAAUCCUUCUGGAUCCAGUGGAUCAGAAACACGUGUAUGUGCCAUUUAGAAACCAGAUGGAGCGUGUAGCUGUGGCAAAGUGCAGCACGUUCAGCAACACUGAAGAGUGUUUGUCUGCUCAGGAUCCACACUGUGUCUGGUGUGCCUCGAACAAAAGUUGCACCUUUGAAGAUGACUGCAAAGAUUCAGACUGGUUGUCCAUUCCUGAUGAUUCCCAGCAGAAAAUGGUUUCCCACAAAGUUGUGAAGGACUCCAGUGGACAGAUCGCAGUAAUAGUCCUGACACACCUGACUGUGGGUCAGAACCCGUCCAACUUCGCCUGUCAGUUCUCUGCAACUUCCAGUGAGCUUUGUAGUCGGAAUAACCCUCCUCCACAGUUCCCACAAUGCACCUGCAACCUGUCUAAUGGCAUGCUUCCUGCUGACGGUCUGAGUGUCACAGUAAAGAUCAGACUUGGGAUGGAGCAACUGUCAGAACAACUAAAAGUAACCAACUGCUCUGGCAUCAGUGGACCACCAAGUUCUGUUCUGUGUCUGCAGUGCAUCAAGGCUGGAUGUGGAUGGGGCAGAAGUGGCUGUUCCUGGGCUAAUGAAGGAGUGGGAAAUGACAGCAUUUGCCAGAAGAUGGAUUCUGGGAGGAACUUUUCUAGGCCAGAGAUCUCCUCCAUCACUCCCAGCACCGUGUCGUUCUAUGGCAGAAACCAUGCCAUGCUGUCAGGUCGUAACCUCAGAGAAGUGACCAGAGUGAGGAUCCAGGGUGACCUGGACUGUACUCCACAAGAAUCUCCUGUAUGGAACAACACCGGCGUGAAUCUGACUUUCCACAUUCCGAGGACAGACGGUAAAGGUGUGGUCAAAGUCUGUGUUGUCCUCCCAGAUGGUAGUUGCCAUGGCAACAGUACAAUCACUUACCGAUCAUCACCAGCCUGCACCAAUAUUGCACCAAACAGCAGCUGGAUCAGUGGAAAGAGGAACAUCACACUCAUGGGGUCCCACCUGGAGUUUGUGGAAGAGGUGGUCCACAGCCACGCCCUGCAGGAAGGCAGACUUCCAUUAAACAGCAGCUAUCAGAAACUCACCUAUGGCUCACCUGCUGCUGAAAACAAUCCAGGGAUUUCCAACAGCACUGUGUUUUUGAAAGUAGCCAAUCAAAGCUUGGCCUGCUCCACAAACAUAACCUACUAUCCAGACCCCGAGUUUACCAAAUUCAAAUCUACAAGGACGGGGGAUGAUGUCCAAAUCAUUAUACAGAAAAAGGCAGACAAACUGGAGGUGACAGAGGCAGAGCUGUCAGUGUGGGGUGUUCAAGAUGGAGUUAAAUACCCCUGCAAUGUGAUAAUCAAAGACACCAGUGAUGGGACAGACUUUUUCACCUGUGAGAUAACGGGCACCUCCAAUGAUAAAUUUCAGCAGUUACUGAUAAAAUAUGGAGACAAAACAGUGACACUGACGUCUGCAUCUCCAUCAUUGUACUUUCUGCUGCUUGUUCUUCUCCUCAUACCCUGCAUUAUUGUUGUGGUGGUGAUCGUCUACCGAAGCCAACAGAAGAAACUCACUGCAAAGAUGAACAAGGUUAUAAAUGACCUGGAGCUUAACAUCAGGAAUGACAUCAGACAGGGUUUUGUGGAUCUGCAGACAGAGAAAGCUGAUCUAAUGGAAAACGUUGGGACAAUCCCUUUCCUGGACUACAAGCACUUUGCUUCCAGAAUCUUUUUCCCUGAGAGUGAAUCUUUGAUGACCUCGUGUAUUACAGACAUCGGUCAGGAUGUGGUGAAGGUCCAGCUGGACGAGUGUUGCCAGAAUUUGUCCAGCCUGAUCCAGGACCAGCUCUUCCUCACCUCCAUGGUGCACUGUCUGGAGGAGCAGAAGAGUUUCACCAUUAAAGACAAGUGUUCAUUGGCAUCUCUCCUCACUGUAGCCCUUCACAGCAACUUGUCGUACUUAACAGAGGUGAUGGAGGUUCUCCUGAAGGAUCUGAUGCAGCAGAAGAGUAACGCUCAGCCCAAACUGCUGCUACGACGCACUGAGUCCAUCGUGGAGAAGCUGCUGACCAACUGGAUGUCAAUCUGUCUCUACGGCUUCCUCCGGGAGACUGUUGGCCAGCAUCUCUUCCUGAUGGUGAGCGUUCUCACACAGCAGAUCGCCAAAGGGCCGGUGGACUGUGUGACAGAGAAAGCUUUGUACACACUGAGUGAGGACUGGCUGCUGUGGCAGGCUCAGGACUUCAGCUCCCUGAAGCUGAAGGUGCAGUUUGCAGUGGGCAGUGAUGGGGGGGUCAGCGAUCCUCUGGAGGUCAAUGCCCUCAGCUGUGACACGGUGGAGCAGGUCAAAGAGAAAAUCCUGUCCACCUUCAAGGCCAAGUUUGGAUUCCCCUUCAGCACUGCCCUUGGGGACGUUAGUAUUCAGUAUGAAAGGCAUGGAACAUUUAUUCCUCUGGAGGAAGUGGAUUCAAGCUCUGAGGUUAUUGGGGAAGUGACAAUGCUCAACACACUGAAGCACUACAAGGUUAAUGAUGGCGCGACAAUCAAGAUGCUUUCUAGGAAAUGUCAGCCUCCUCUGAGCCCACAGGGAAGUCUGAAGGAUGAUGAGAACUUUUCUGGAAAGUACUUUCAUUUGAUUGAUCCUGACGUAGAGGAGGACCUAACAAAGAACCCGGAGAGGAAGAAGUUAAAACUGAAGGAAGUGCACCUCACCAAGCUGCUCUCCACCAAGGUGGCAGUGCAUUCGUUUGUGGAGAUCCUUUUCAAGUCUAUCUGGGGGAUGCCACAAAACAAAGCUCCACAUGCUGUCAAAUACUUCUUUGACUUCUUGGACACUCAAGCAGAGAACAUGAAGAUCACCGACCCAGAUGUCCUGCACAUUUGGAAGACCAACAGUUUGCCGUUGCGCUUCUGGGUGAACAUUCUGAAAAACCCUCAGUUUGUUUUUGACAUGGAGAAGACUCCGCAUUUGGACGGCUGCCUGUCUGUCAUCGCUCAGGCCUUCAUGGACUCCUUCUCUCUGAGUGAGACCCAGCUGGGGAAGCAUGCACCAACCAACAAGCUCCUCUAUGCCAAAGACAUUCCUCAGUUUAAACUUGAAGUGAAGGCUUACUACAAACAGAUCAGAGAGCAGUCACCAAUCACAGGCAGAGAAUUCAAGGCGUUCCUACAGGAAGAGUCAAAGAAACAUGAAAAUGAGUUCAAUGAAGCUGCAGCCCUCAGAGAACUCUACAAAUUUAUACAGCGAUACUUCACAGAGAUCAAAGAGAAGCUGGACCAGAACGGAGUCCCUGCUGAGCUGACGGAGCAACUACAGCAUGUUAAAGACUCGUUUGACGGACUCAAAAGCUGCUCCUGGAACUGAGCCACCUGAACUUUAACUGAGACAAACGGCACGAUGAGAGGAAACCUCUAAGAAAACUGUCAUGAGGAGGACUGAUGAGACUUCUGGCCAGUGUCUGUCAUCCUGUUGUUACCAUGGAGACGAGGUACUGACUUAAACUGAGUUGGAGGAGCUCCACCGAGCUGCUAACCAUGUUGCUAAUUUCAUUAGUCAGUGGGGAGUUUUGCAUCUAAAAUAAAAUGCCCUCUCUGGGUUUUCCGGCCUGACGUAACAAGAAGUCUGCUCAAAACUUAAACUCCAUUUCAAUUCCAAAACUUCACAGGAGUCAAAUAUGCUAAAUGAGAUGCACUUCAGCUGGCUGUGGCUUAUAUAACUUUCUUUCUUUGAAAGCAGCUUUGUGUCUGAUGGACUUCGCAGUUGCACUCUGAAAAACAACUCCAUUACCGUAAUGAGUUUCGCUGUCAAAUGAGAAUGUUAUGAACUCAACCUCUCAAAUGCACAAAGUCAAAACGACAAAUGUGUCUGAAGAAAAGCUAAUCUGUAAACUGUUUCAACAGACUUUCAUCACUUUACAAUUUACAGUCUGUAGUGGCUUUUUAUUGACUCCAUAUAAAUCCUUUGUUUUUUUACAGAAUGGCUUAAGAGCAAAUGUAAACAAGUGUCUCAAUACAAAAAUCAAACCCUGA